AUGGCUUUGGCUCAAUUGUGUGGUUUGGAGAAUUAUUAUUCUCAAAAUGAUGAUACUGAUGAAUAUGCAAAAUUAACACGUACUUUCCAAAAUAAUAUGGAAUUAUGUGCUCCUCCAUUCGCAAAUCCUGCGGUGGAACUUGCUAAUAUGAAAGAUGAACAAGGAAAUAAGUUGCGUAUGCAUUUUGAUCAUGGUACUACAACUCUUGGAUUUCAAUUCCGAGGUGGUGUGAUACUAGCAGUUGAUUCCCGAGCAACUGGUGGACAAUUUAUUGGGUCACAAUGCAUGAAGAAAAUUGUUGAAAUUAAUGAUUUUUUGUUAGGUACUUUGGCUGGUGGAGCAGCUGAUUGUGUUUAUUGGGAUCGUGUGCUAGCAAAACAAUGCCGUUUGCAUGAACUGCGCAAUAGAGAAAGAAUAUCUGUAGCAGCUGCAAGCAAACUUAUGUCUAAUAUGGUUUAUAAUUAUAAAGGAAUGGGCUUAUCUAUGGGUAUGAUGUUAGCGGGCUAUGAUAAGCGAGGACCUGCAUUGUACUAUGUAGAUUCAGAAGGUACAAGAACUCCGGGAAAAGUUUUUUCUGUGGGUAGUGGUUCAGUAUAUGCAUUUGGUGCUUUAGACUCUGGUUAUGAUUGGAAUUUGAGUGAUGAAGAUGCAUAUGACUCUAAAACACUUUCCAUUUUGGCAAGGAAAGGCUCAGGCAGUGCAAGUAGAUCAAUUUUUGAUGGAUUAGUACAUUUAAAGAAAGAAGGAAAGGAAUACUUUGCAGAAAAACUAAGCGAAUGGAAAGAACUAAGUAGAAGUAAUCUUACUUGUUUCAAACAAAAAUUCUAA